GUCACGGGCCUAGCCAGGGUUUUUUUUUUUUUAUCAGAGUAAAGCUCGUGCGAGCAUCGCCGUGGAAAACAAAUCUGCUAGACGUGACAAAAAAAAGACAUAAAAAUGGGGAUCGAAGCGGAAGCUGAACGAACGCUUUUUAUCAGGAACUUGGAUGCACGGGUGACAGAGGAGCUUUUAUUCGAACUGUUCUUGCAGGCAGGACCUCUGAUCAAAACAAAGAUCCCUAAAGACAUGGAUGGCAAGCAGAAGACUUUCGGUUUCGCUGUGUACAAAGACGAAGCGUCGGUGCCCUACGCCUUGCAGCUGUUUAACGGCUCGUCGUUGUUCGGAAGAACCAUAUAUGUGCACUUCCGCUCAGGUAGCAGUCCUAGCAAUAGUACGGGAAAUUUAAGUCCGACAAGUACCCCAAAUCCCCACGGCGUGAGGAUACCACCCCAGUUCACCACUCCAGCCUCCAUGCAAAGGUCCUUUUCGGCUCCUGAUAAUCUGCAAAAGCGUGCCAUGGCAGGACCUCUGAUCAGAACAAAGAUCCCUAAAGACAAGCAGAAUGGCAAGCAGAAGACUUUCGGUUUCGCUGUGUACGAACACGAAGUGUCGGUGCCCUACGGCAUGCAGCUGCUUAACGGCUCGUCGUUGUUGGGAACACCCACACAUUUGCAGUUCCGCUCAGGUAGCAGUCAUAGCAAUAGUACGGGAAAUUCAAGUCCGACAAGUACCCCAAAUCCCCACGGCAUGAGGAUGCCACCCCAGUUCACCUUUCCAGUCUCCAUGCAAAGGUCCUUUUUGUGUCAUGAUAAUCUGCAGAUGCAUGCCAUGGGCGUCUACCAUGGAUCUCCACCUCACUCUCUUCUGUGCGAGGGUCUUCGCUUCUUGCCAGGAGAUCCCAAUCUUGGCCAGUUCAUCAAGAGUGGACCGCCUCCAGUUGAGUUUUGGUCUCCCUGGCUUCCUCUUGCCAUGCCUGGAUUCUCGGAUCCUUACUAAGUGUCUACAUUUGAUAUCUUGUUGGGCCACCAAAUCCUCAGUUUCACAGCCAUAAAGAAGGACAGAUUUUACAUUUGUAUUGAAGAUUCUGAUUUUGGUGUUUCUGGAGAGCUGGGAAGAGAGCCAUACAGGUCGGAGAGUUCCAAAGGCAUGUCUUGCUUUGCUGAUGCGCAGCUCGACAUCUUUAUCAGCUCCUCCAUCUGUGCUGAUGUUGCUUCCCAGGUAGACAAACUCGACCACAUCUUCCAGGGGGUGCUCCUCGAUUGUGAUAGGUUGAUAGGAUUUGGUGUUGAGCCUCAUGACCUUGGUCUUCCCAGUGUUUAUCCUGAGGCCUAUCUGUUUACUGUGUUCAUGCAAUCUGGUGGUCUUGCGUUGAAUGUGUGUGUUCCUGAGAUCAGAGCCAGGUCGUCAGCAAAAUCAAGGUCUUCUAGUUCAAAAGGGUUCCACUGUUAUCCUGUCCUCUGGCCAUCCACUGAAAUUUUCAUUGUCCGGUCGAUGGAGAUAAGGAAGAGGGGUGACAGUAGACAGCCUUGCCGUACUCCUGUUUUUAUAAGGAGGGUGUCCGAGAGCUUACCAUUUGAGAUGACUUGACCUGUGAAUCCAUCAUACAUGCAUUUGAUAAUGUUGACCAGUUUUAUUGGAAUUCCAUAAUGUCGGAGCAGUUUCCAUAGGAUGUUUCUGUCUAGACUGUCGAAAGCCUUUUCAAAGUUGACAAAGUUUAUGAAUAGCGAUGACUGCCGUUCGAUGCACUGUUCGACAAUUAUUCUGAGUGAUGCAAUGUGAUCUGUACAGGAGUUGUUUUUCCGGAAACCUGCUUGUUCCUUCCUGAAAAUCUUAUCCAGUGGUUCUUGUAUUCUGUCCAGGGUAAUUUGGCAGAGGAUUUUGCUAGGGACUGAGAGGAGUGUGAUGGCUCUCCAGUUUUUACAUUCGCUGAGGUUUCCUUUCUUCGGAACUGUGACAAUUAACCCAAUUAAAAGUUUAUCUAGCUAGGAGUAAUAGUGUGCGACAUGGACAAAAAUGUAUAUCUCGUGAUAGGUCAUUUUUAGGGCUGUCAAAUAUAACAAGUUAUUGCACGUGAUUAAUCACACAAUUUAUUUUGGUUGCACAUUCUCCUUUAUCUUAACCACAGUUAAAGACCUGAAAACAGUCACAGGUUGUUAUACAGUCAGUGAUCAGGUCAAUGCAUACGUCAGUGCAAAGAUGAGUGAGGAGACUGUUAGAUUUUGCUUGAAAAUACACCCCAAUGUUUUUGAGGCAGCGGUAACAAAGAAAGCUACCGGGAGAGACAAGUGGUAGAAAAUAGAUGAAUGGAUAUAAAUUAUAAUAUAUUUUUCUUGAAAUCUGUGCUGCUCACUGCUCCCCUCACCUCCCAGGGAGUGGAACAAGUGGAUGGGUCAAUUGCAGAGGUUAAUUUCACCACACCUAGUGUGUGUGUGUGUGACUAUCAGUGGAACUUUAACUUUUUAAUUAUUGUUGACAUUGAACAAAGAGAACACCAUCCAUCCAUCCAUUUUCUACCGCUUGUCCCUUUUGGGGUCGCUUUUCAACCACUGUGCCGCGUCACGAUACAGCCUGGUGUGCCGUGGGAGAUUAUCUAAUUUCACCAAUUUAGGUUAAAAAUAUUUUUUGCAAAUCAGUAACUAUAGUCUGCAAAUUAUGUGUUGUUGUUGAGUGGUCUGUGCUGUCUAGAGCUUGGCAGAGUAACCGUGUAAUACUCUUCCAUAUCAGUAGGUGGCAGCCGGUGCUAAUUGCUUUGUAGAUGUCGGAAACAGCGGGAGGCAGUAUACAGGUAAAAAGGUAUGUAAUGCUUAAACCAAAAAUAAACAAAAGGUGAGUGCCCCUAAGAAAAGGCAUUGAAGCUUAGGGAAGGCUAUGCAGAACGAAACUAAAACUGAACUGGCUACAAAGUAAACAACAACAAAAUGCUGGACGACUGCAAAGACUUACUGUGGAGCAAAGACGGUGUCCACAAUGUACAUCCGAACAUGACAUGACAAUCAACAAUGUCCCCAUAAAGAAGGAUAGCAACAACUUAAAUAGUCUUGACUGCUAAAACAAAGCAGGUGCGGGGAAUAGCGUUCAAGGAAGACAUGAAACUGCUACAGGAAAACACCAACAAAACAGGAUGAGCCACCAAAAUAGGAGCGCAGGACAAGAACUAAAACACUAGACACAGGAAAACAGAAAAAAACUCAAAAUAAAUCACGGAGGACAGAGGACAUAACAGAGGUGAUGUGACAGGUGGUGACAGUACACCUACUUUGAGACAAGAGUUAUAUUGAUGCAUGCUUGGUUAUGGUUUAAAGUCAUAUCCAACAAUUGCGACAACGACUUUUUACUGUCAACUGAGUUUCGUUUUUUUAUGAAAAAAUGUGCCUUGGCUCAAAAAAGG